AGCGCGCUUUGGCACCUGGACCUCACUGGCCACACAGAACAGCAGUCCCACAGGGGAAAAGGAGCCUACAGGACACAGCACAGUACAGGACACAGUGCAGGGAACCGGACACGGUGCAGAAAGACCUAAGGUUUGGCGUGGAUCAUGGAGAGUCUCCUCCUCCUCUCGGUUGUACUUUUGGCCGGUACGGCCUUGUCUCAGGACAUGCCCCAUGAGCACCUACUGGCCCAGCUCCAGGCUUGCCCGAAGGAGUGCCGCUGCCCUCCAAGCUUCCCCAACGCCGUCUACUGCGACAACAGGGGCCUGAAACGCGUCCCUGUGAUCCCACCUUACACCUGGUACCUCUACCUGCAGAGCAAUGGGAUCGAGGUGCUUCCAGAGGAUGCUUUCCGCAACGCCACCCAGCUUAAGUGGCUCAACCUGAACCGUAACAGGUUGACCAAUGAGGGGCUCCAGGAAGGUGCUCUCCGGUCAAUGCCUAACCUUGUGCACCUGUACAUGGAAGACAACCAGCUGGGCUCUGUGCCUUCUCCCCUGCCCCCCAAGCUGGAACAGCUGCGCCUCUCCAGAAACCGCAUCUCCAAGAUCCCAGCAGGCGUGUUUGCUGGCAUGGACGGCCUGACUCUGCUGGACCUGCAAGGGAACAAGCUCCAGGAUGACGCGGUGACCGAGGUUAGCCUGAAAGGACUGACCAACCUGGUCCAGAUCAACCUGGCCAAGAAUCAGUUGGGUAUGAUGCCAUUGGGUCUGCCACCGACCAUGACCCAGAUCUAUCUGGACAGCAACAACAUCGAGAAGAUCCCCCCAGAGUACUUCAAGGGACUUCCCAAGGUGACAUUCCUAAGGCUCAACGAGAACAAGCUGGGAAAAGGUGGAAUUCCCAAGUACGUGUUCAACAUCUCCAGCAUCUUGGACCUGCAACUGUCACACAACGAGCUGACCGAGAUUCCCCACAUUCCGGCUAGCCUUGAGCAGUUACAUCUGGACCAUAACAAGAUCAAGAGUGUAAAUGGCUCAGAUAUCUGUCCAGUGCCUAGUGGUGCUGACUACUUUGAUGAUAACAGUCCCCGUCUGCGCUACCUCCGCCUUGAUGGCAACGAGAUCCAGCCGCCCAUUCCUCAUGAUCUGAUGGUCUGUUUCAGGUCUCUCAGGGCUGUGGUCAUCUAAAAACCAUGGCCACUUGUGCCCUUGAACUUGUCACAACAAGUGGUGGUAAUCUACCUUCACAAGGGUAUAGCAAAUGAGUUCACAUAAAAGCUUGUAGGUCAUUCUGGUAUUUGAUGAAUUUGUAAACUAUUCUAAGCAACAUUCACAAGACUGAACCAUAGUCUCUUUUUGCUGGUAGUAGUUUUGACUGGGUCCAUCAGUAUUCUGUGUUGAUCAUUGUGCCUUUGAGAAUAUUUUUAUGAACAGGAGAUGAGCAUAAGCUUGUUACUGAAAGCCACACAGUCUACAUCACAUGACAUAAUGUUUCAAGUGUAUUCAUGUAUUCAUGUAAUCAUGUAUAAGUAUUUGAGACAAACAGGCCAGGUUUCAGAUUAGAGUUCUGGAAGUUAGAUCUCAUAAUUUUCCAUCUGGAGAAAAAGUGAAUUGAGUAAUUUAGCUACAAGGCCACACACAAUACACUCUAUGGUAUAUGUAUAGUAAAAUCACGUCUCCCACCUAACCAUGCCAUGAAGAUUGUUAUGGUUGAAUGAGAUGUUUUUGUCAUAAAUGUAUUUUCCCACAAGAAGGGCAGUCAAUGACAUCUACAAAGAUUUGUAUUCUGGCUUAUGACCAGUACUGAUAUGUUUGUUUUGUUUGUUUGCAAAUUAUUCAGAUGUUGAAAAUGCACCUUGGAACACAGAGAGAUUAUAUGUGUCAUUGGACUAUGUGCUUCGUGAGUUAGCAUUUUGGCAUCCCUCCAACCAAGAUCACCCAACUUAAAACUGCCAGAUUUCAGCACAAAACUGAAAGUGAAAAGCUAUAGCCUUUGUGAUCAACAACAUUGAAGAGGCAUGAUGACCAUUGCAAAUACACAUUAUUUUGGUGCUGCUUUCUAUUAGACAAAGCAUGUAGGUGCUGAAGCAUCAUUUAAGGUGUCAUGCAAUGAAAUAUAAAGAUUUUUUUUUUUUUUUUUUUUUUUUUUUAAUACAUUCCUUUUUAUUUUCAUGAGACAUUAGGUUUCUUGCAUGUGAAUAAUUUGUAGAUGUCUAUGUUAUUUUCUACCGUCCUGAACAUUGGGAUUGGGGGCCUGGGCUGUUAGGUACCAUCACUUUUUUCAGUUGAUAUUUUUCAAAAGACCACCUCGUUUUGUACCACUUGUGUAUUAUGGACUGUGAAAGCGAUAGGCUACACAUAAUAGAUAAUAAGACCUUGUUUUUCUUUUCUUGGUAGGAUCUUUGGCGUAGGACUGCAUGUGAAUAAACAGUUUGUUUUUUACUUAUCCAUGACAAAUGAAGCACAUGCUGCUCGUUCGACUAUGGAAAAUUCAUUCAAAUGUGAAAAAUAAUGUAAAUAUAAUUGACAACUGUAAUUCAACUGACUCUGUUUGUUGAAUACAAUGUAAUCUUUUUGUAGUAUAAAACAACUUAAUUUCUUCCAUUUUGUACUGAGUGUUGAAUUGCACAUUGAAUAGUAAAUUACUUGUCAAUGCAAGUUUAUCUUUAAUAUAAAGCUCUUUUCUGUGGUAAA